AUUCGCGAUUCGAGGCUCAACAACCGGAGGUGCAACUCCAUCAAUCACAAAUCAGGGCGCUGGACCUGAUUGAUCAUCAUGCAUGGUAAUCUGCCAGAAGUCGGCAAAACAAGCACGGUAAAAAUGGCGCGACGUUGUUGAGUGGAGCACCUCACACGUUACGUCGGUGUUAUGCGGCAGGAGCGAUCUGAGCUUCUGACGCGGUGACGUCAUGGUGGUGGGGGCAGAACAGAGGUCAAAAGAGACGCGGGGCUCGUCGAGGAGACACCAUCUCACCUGCAACCCUUCAAUCGAUCCUCGAACUAAAGAACUCUACCCACUCCACCAAACAAAUCUCCAACGUACGUGCUCUUCCAACCUCACCAAACCAGCUCUUACCAUCACGAACAUGUAUCACCCCUCCAAAACUCACUGUUAUCUUGCUGCAAAUCAAACUCCAGCACCACACCUUGCUGACAGAUACAUAGACAUCACAACCACAAUGUCUGCACCCCAGCAAGGCCGCCAGUCCCCCGAGCCCGAGCGCCAGUCCGACGCGCAGAAGGGCCAGCAAGCGCAGCCCAACCAGCAGGGCGCCGAGACCAAGACCCAGGAGAAGUCUGAUGACCAGAAGUCCGGGCUUCCUUCCAACCCUACCCACAUCCUCGAGAAGCACUCCGAGGAGACUACAAGCAAGACGGUUAACCCGCCGAACUAAGAGAGCGGACAAGAUGGACUGAGAUGAACACAAGAAAUGGGGAGUCGACUGCAAUAUACCAUAAGCAGUAUGUAUAUGAACUCAGUACGAGGCCUGACCUGACGGGUGCCUUGAUAUGAAUAUGAUGGUUUAACGUCAUCCGCUUUCACGUUUCU